AUCAAUCCUUUAUUCUAUUCGGUCUAUGGGAGACUAGCUAAUCCUGAGUUGCCGGGCGCAAGCGCCUGGCGCAACUAUAAAACUUAUCUGACCCGAAACUGUUGCCAGAAUCUUCAAUCUGUCUACUCAUCCAGGGGAAUGUCAGACUAUCGUCCCCUGCUUGAUCAUACAGGCAACUCCAGUCCCCACUACGGCACCAGCAGUGAUGCCACUGAUGGUCCAACACUCUCGUACGUUGAUGAGCAGAACAGACCAAUGGUGGAGAAGAGGCUUAUCCGUAAGCUGGACCUUCGAGUAGCCUUCCUGGUUCUGAUCUACAUCAUGAGUUGUAUGGACCGUAGCAAUGUAGCGUACGUGGCCCUUCGAAAUCGCCUGGUAGUGGUUUGUAUCUUAACCGCCUUCGCCACAAGUGCAGCAAGGCUUGGUGGCUUUGAGGAGGACCUUGGCCUGACGGGGAAUCAGUUCAAUACACUCAUCAGCAUCUUUUACACGGGAUAUGUGUUGAUGCAAACUCCUUCCAAUGUGUUCUUAGAUCGCAUAAACAGGCCAUCCUUAUACCUCUCAAGUUGCAUGGCAAUGUGGGGCGCUAUCACCGUGUUCAUGGGUGCAUCACGAACGUAUCAUACUGCUUUUAUUUUGCGUUUCUUCCUCGGAUUUGUUGAGGCGGCGUUCUUUCCUGGAGCUGCAUUUCUCCUCUCACGAUGGUAUAAGCGCAACGAGCUGGGGUUACGCAUGGCGCUUUUCUUCUGCGGCAACUCCAUUAGUUACGCUUUUGGCCCACUUGUAGCGUCAGGAAUUUUGGCAUGCUUAGAUGGUACUCUGGGAUUUCCAGCUUGGAGAUGGCUCUUCUUUCUGGAGGGCACUUUGACUAUUGUGGUAGCAGUAUCUGCAAUCUGGAUUUUACCAGACUUUCCUUCAACGCCGAGCGUCUGGCUUUCGCCCGAUGAACACGUCCUGGCCAAGAGACGUAUGGAAGAGGAAACUACAACCGGAGAUGAACACCAAGGCAAGCCCGUAGAGGGCUUUUCUGGUCUUGGUGAGGCUCUUGUGGAUUGGAAAGUAUGGUGGCUUGGUGCUGCUCUUUGUUUCCUAGUCGCCUCUUUAUCAUGCAGCAAUUUUUUUCCGACACUGUCCGCUACAAUGGGUUACAGCGCGACUGUCAGCCUCCUGCUCUGCGCACCUCCGUGGAUUUUGGGAACUGCAACUUCGUUCAUCGUGGCCUGGCACUCCGAUGCAACUGGUGAACGCUUCUGGCAUAUCGCCGGCCCUCUACUUGUCGGCGUCGCUGGGUUUAUCAUUGCCAUUUCUACCAUGAAUACGGCUGUUCGAUAUCUGUCGCUGUUCUUUAUGACUCAGCCCCCAGUUGCCUUUGUCAUCUUUCUCACCUGGGUCAUGAACACCUUUUCUCAAUCGCAGUCGAAACGAGCUGCAGCCGUCGGGAUAAUAAACUCGAUGGGAAUGUUUGGCAACAUGGGUGCAUCGUACUUCUGGCCGUCCAGUUGGGGGCCCACAUACGUGAACUCAUACCUCAUUUGCAUUUUGACAAGCAUUAUAUGUAUUGUGAUGUGCUGGGCGUUCAGGCAGCACCUUGCCCGGUGCAAUGAAGCUGCUGAAGCCGAAGAGGAAGCUCUAGGGCUGCCAAAGGGUUUUAGAUAUCUCCUGUAGUCCUCGUUGUUCCACUCUCCCGGAGACAUAUUAUAGACGCGAACGCCGAUUUCAGUAUGACUGUUGUUGCACAGGGAUGUCGCAUCCACACCCGACUCAAACGGGAUCAUAUGCAUGCC